ACAAAAUCUUCCUCUGUAAAAUCAAUAAAAUACUCAACACCGACGCGGAAAUCAACUUUUCAGACAUUUUCCUUAUCAGAUCUCAGAUCUCAGAUCUCAUUAACCUUCCACUUUAAACACAUUUCAGUUUCACUAAUCACUUCAGGGAAAGAAAGUGAUCAGUGGGUUCUUAGCUGAAUUGAAUGGCUAUCGCCGUCAGGAGCAGUCGAGGCGGCGGAUCGGGCGGAGUUGGGGCUGGUUUCCGUAGUUUGUUUUCUUACAGGAUCUUCAUCUCUGCCUUGUUUUCCCUUCUCUUCAUUGCCACUGUCUCCGUUCUCCUCACUUCUCGUCCUCCUCCAACGCAUCACCACUCUAGGCUUCCAAGUGGCGCAAAUGCUUACAUGCAUAGAACAUUUCUGGCUUUGAAUUCAGAUCCUCUCAAAACAAGGUUAGAUUUGAUAUACAAGCAAGCCAAUGAUCAUAUCACAUUAGUGAAAACAUAUGCAGCUUAUGCAAGAAAGUUAAAGCUUGAAAAUUCAAAGCAAUUGAAAAUGUUUGAUGAUUUAGCUAAGAACUUCUCAGAUCUUACUUCAAAACCGAGUUUGUUUGAAACAGAUGGGAAUCUAGAUGAGGAUGUUUUAAGGCAGUUUGAGAAAGAAGUGAAAGAUAGAAUGAAAUUUGCUAGGUUGAUGGUAGCUGAAUCUAAAGAGAAUUAUGAUAAUCAGUUGAAAAUUCAGAAGUUGAAAGAUACCAUUUUCUCUGUUAGUGAAUCAUUAGGUAAGGCAAAAAAGAAUGGAGCUUUAGCGAGCUCUAUUGCUGCUAAAUCUAUUCCUAAGAGUUUGCAUUGCUUGGCAAUGAGGCUUGUGGAGGAGAGAAUUUCACACCCGGAAAAGUAUAAGGAAGAGUUGCCUAAGGCUGAGUUUGAGGAUCCUAGUUUGUAUCAUUAUGCUGUAUUUUCAGAUAAUGUGAUUGCAGUUUCUGUGGUGGUGAGGUCCGUGGUGAAGAAUGCAGAGGAGCCUUGGAAACAUGUGUUCCAUGUGGUGACCGAUAGAAUGAAUGUGGCUGCUAUGAAAGUUUGGUUUAGAAUGAGACCUGUGGAAGGGGGUGCUCAUUUGGAGGUGAAGGCAGUGGAAGAUUAUAGUUUCUUGAAUUCUUCAUAUGCCCCAGUGUUGAGGCAGAUUGAGUCUGCUAAGAAGCAGAGGUUUAACUUUGAAAAAACAACAGAGAAUGUGACGAAAGAUGGGAGUAACAUGAAGUUAAAAAACCCCGAGUCUAUGUCGAUGUUGAAUCACCUUAGGUUUUAUUUGCCUGAAAUGUACCCAAAAUUGCAUAAGAUUUUGUUAUUGGAUGAUGAUGUUGUGGUUCAAAAGGACUUGACAGGGUUGUGGAAGAUAGAUCUGGCUGGAAAGGUAAAUGGGGCUGUUGAGACCUGCUUUGGGUCGUUUCGUCGUUUCUCUCAGUAUUUGAACUUUACACAUCCUCUAAUUAAGGAGAGGUUUAAUCCCAAGGCUUGUGCCUGGGCAUAUGGGAUGAAUAUUUUUGAUCUUGAUGGUUGGAGGCGUGAGAAAUGCACGGAAACUUAUGAGGAGUGGCAAAACUUGAACGAGGAUCGAACUCUAUGGAAAUUGGAUGCUCUUCCGCCUGGCCUGAUCACAUUCUACUCAUUGACUAAAUCAUUGGACAAAUCUUGGCACGUGCUCGGUCUUGGAUACAAUCCAAGCAUUAGCAUGGAUGAGAUCAACAAUGCUGCAGUCAUUCAUUAUAAUGGAAACAUGAAACCUUGGCUCGACAUUGCUAUGAACCAAUACAAGAAUCUUUGGACUAAAUAUGUGGAUAAUGAUAUGGAGUUUGUGCAGAUGUGCAAUUUCGGAGUCUAGGUUAAGUUAAAGUGCUUGUGCUUCUCUCCAGCAAUCAAGGUAACAAGAAUACAAAGUUGUAGUGAUUGUUCAUAGUGGCUUGAGGGUUAUACCAUCAGUUUUAUUUAUUUUCAUUAUCCCAUUUAUUGUAGAAUUUCUAUUAUCGAUUCAUAAAUUUUGCUAUUUCGUCCUCUCGAAUAUAAGCAUGAAUUGUACUGAACCAAAUAGCUUUAUGUACACAAGAAAAUGAUUCUUUGUUAUUAGUAAAAUCUUUUCCAUCAA